GCUUUCUGGCUUCUCACAAACACAUCGGAAAAUCUGAGCUUGCAUUCCCAUAGAGUCAAUCAAUCAGCAGCCCCAUCAGGGAAGUGUCUGCCCUUUGUCGUACUACUGUUCCCACCUCUCCCUAAUGUCUCCUCCUUCAGGCCAACAGCCAGGCUAUUGUUGGUUUUCCUGGGCUGUAUCAUCUGCCAGUCCCCGUGAAGGAUCCUGGCUUGGCCAUCCUUUGAUGAGGACACUCACAGAGGCCAAGUAGCCUUCAGAGUUGGCAUUUGAUUUCCUGGGACCAAAUCUUUAAAUAUGCAGCUGUAACCUGAACCUGGAGCCACUCCUGACGGCUUGCCUGGCCCUCAUUAUGACAUUUAGCCUGUGAUUGAUACCAAGUGUGUCAUGGAUACCUUGGCAACUAAUCGCAGGGUGGGAUCUAUGGAAACCAAACAGAACAGAUUUGUCUUCCCUGCCAUUUUGGCUGUGAUCUGGGAAACAGACUCCCUUGGCCUCUCUGCAAAUGAGGUAUCUGGGAGCCAUACAGUGAGAGAUGCACACAGCCACCCUCAGGAUUUGGAAAGAUUACAGCUGCAGAAAGGAGAGCAAAUCCCUUGGCUCCAAAAUGACAUCUGGAGACACGAAGACAAGCCUCAAGAAUGCCUACUUGCCUGCCAAGGGGCUGUCCUUGCGGGUACAGGAGGCAGAGGAGGCCGAGGACUACUGCACACCCGGCGCCUUCGAGCUGGAGCGGCUCUUCUGGAAGGGCAGCCCUCAGUACACCCACGUCAACGAGGUCUGGCCCCGGCUCCACAUCGGCGACGAAGCGACGGCCCUGGACCGCUACGGGCUGCAGAAGGCGGGCUUCACGCACGUGCUCAACGCCGCCCACGGCCGUUGGAACGUGGACACCGGGCCCGACUACUACCGUGACAUGGACAUCGAGUACCACGGCAUCGAGGCUGACGACGUCCCCACCUUCGACCUCAGCGUCUUCUUCUACUCCGCGGCCGCCUUCAUCGACGCAGCUCUCUGCGACGACCACAAUAAGAUCCUGGUUCACUGUGCCAUGGGCCGCAGCCGCUCAGCAACCCUGGUCCUAGCCUACCUGAUGAUCCACAGGAACAUGACCCUGGUGGACGCCAUCCAGCAAGUGGCCAGAAACCGCUGUGUCCUGCCCAACCGCGGCUUCCUGAAGCAGCUUCGAGAACUGGACAAGCAGCUGGUGCAGCAGAGGCGACAGGCCCAGCUCAGGGACGGCGCUGAGGAGCUGUAGGGCGCUCCUCAGGGCCCCAGGACAGACACUUGGGACCCAGAGGGACAGCUGAAAAGGGUGCUGGCCUGUGACUUUGUGGGUCACAUAGAAAGGACAGUGGAACCAAUGGUUGAUUUCUUCCAAGCUAAACUUCCCAGUGUGUGUCAGGGACAGGGAGGACUCAGAGCCACCUCCUGGCCGAGUCCAGGACUCUGUCACAGCACCGUGGGGAAGACAACUCCAGCAGAACUCGCUGCAGAAAAUCUUGUUUUUUAAAGAUGGAGGCAGAGAAGGAUUUCAAAAUGUGUGGGCGUUGUGUUGUGAUUAAAUGUUUGCCUUUGUCACAAGGAAGGUCACAUUCUUACAAAAAAUAACUUUAAAAUGGAACUUGAUUUUCUGACCACACAAAAGUACCUGGGUGAACUGUGGUAUGGGAGAGCACACCCAGUUUAUUAGGGAGCCCCUGGGCACCCACAACUCUUUACCCAUGGAACCCUAGGCAGGCUGGGGUCACCAUCCAGCAUUUCUGCUCACCUAGUGGCAGUGGAAUGCGGGAUCCUUCCUCAUGGAACUACCACCACCCAGACAAAUUCAAUGUACUGUGGGAAAUUUGGAUCAGCAAGAGUUCAGCUUUAUAAUUUUAGGGGUUAAAAAGAUGAGGCACUCUUUAGGGUAGGAGGGUUCAGUGGAGCAACUUUCAUUUUGACCCCAGAGCAAGGUGGACUGGCUUGGUUUCAGGAUUUGCGGAUGUAUUUCCUGAGGGCUGGGCAGACAGGCAGCCAGGUGAGCUCCUGUGUAGGUUUGCUGGCCUGAGAGCAAAACCAGACACCAGGGAUGUGCGAUUUUUCACUCUGGAGAAAAAAAUGGUAGCAGUGUGAAAUAGGUAAUGGUGGCUUCCAGAACCAGGAAACCAGACCAAUCAGAGCCCAAAGAGAGAUUCUGCUGGUGGAGACCCAGUGGUCACAAGCCAGAAAUGGAAACCAGUGGGAGAAAGCAGAGUGUAUGGUGAAGGUCUCUUGGAAAACUAAGGCAAGGGGUUUGGUGCUCCAGAUUGGAUGUGUUUUUUUGCAGGAGAGGGAGUUCUUGGUGGAGGGAGGCUAGAGUCCAGGGACUUGGCAGCUGGGUAAAGCCACCUGACCCUGCACAGGGAAGACCUAUGGCCUAGACCUUGUGGCUGGGCCAGUUUCCUGGGGUUGUCCAGGAGGCCUCUGGGAUGGUCACCUUUGUCCAGGGAGAGCCUAGGUCCUCACACAGGUAUGCACAGAGCGGACUUUCCCUGAGAUGUCUGUGGUAAGAAUAUUGGCCUUCUAAUAAAUUAAAACCAGGGAUACUGCAAGGGAGUCACAAAGCACAAAAGCAAAGCUGAUGGAAAUGGAAAUAAGUAGUGGUUGGUCUGUCUGGGUGCACAGAAUCCUGGAGAAACAGUGACAAUGCUAAAUAGGACAGUGGCCAGGAGGGAUCAGCUGUGAGGCUCAAGGGAGAGAAUACUGCAGGGUGUAACAACCCAGGACGACAGAAUUGCUCAACACCCUGGAUUUGGGGGGGAUGGGAGAGAGGCAGACCUGAAAGACCUGGGGCCAUACUGAUCACAGCAGGGCUCCCGGAAAGGCAGCAGGUGGCUCCCUCUGAGGUCAUUAUCUCUGAGAUCUGACCUAGAUGGUGGGCAGUGUUUCUCUUUCAGUGAAGUAUCUGCAAUGCAGUGAAUUCACACGUGAGGAGGAGGGACCAUCUUCAAUCCCACCACCUCCCUCCACGCCUCCCAAUUCUGUGGGGCAGCAGCACAGAGGACUCAGUGAUGGGGUCUGGUCUUCUCCUGGUGACUCCUGGGAGCCAGACUUUUUGCAGUAGCAUUUCAUGUCUUCACAAGCUGAAUGUUCCUUUGGCCAAGUAUUUAUUUAUUUAUUUAUUUAUAGUACUGGGGAUUGAACUCAGGACCUUGCGUUUUCGAGGCAGGCAGUGGAACCACUGAGCUAAAUCCCCGGCCCUAUUUUUUUUAUUUUUUAUUUUUUUGGUACCAGAGAUCAAACUCAGGUCCUUGUGCUUGCACAGCAGGCGGCAAAACCACUUGGCCAAAUAUUUAUUGAGAACUUACCAUGAGCAGAAAAAAGCCAGGGUUCAGAGGGCAAAAGAACAAACAAGAACAUAGGUUGUAAUACAUUAUGAUGAGGGAAACAAGUGCUGAGAUGGAGAAAAACAGGAAGUGUGGUAGACUGGGUGACAUCUGAGGAGACAGGAGGCUCAGACUUCCGAAUGAGGAGGAAACAUGCUAGGCUGAGGCAUGGCUGGUCAGGUGAGGAAGGAGUGGAAAGGGACCGAGGGACUAGGUUUCCUUCCAAGUGUAAAGAAAAACCACUGGAGAGUUUUAAACAAGGGCAUGGUGUGAGCUCUUAAGGUCACUGGAGCUGGUGUAGUGGCGCACACCUGUAGUCCCAGCACUCAGGAGGCUGAGGCAGAAGAAUCAACAUGAGUUCAAGGCUGUCUUGGACUAUAUAGCAAGACCUUGUCUUAAAAAAAAAAAACAAAACCCAAAAAAACCAGACCAAAACAGGGCC